CAUCCUGGUCCUCUAAUUUCUCAGAGGAAGCGUUUCUUCUUAAUACUUCCGUUAUUCUGUACCCGCCCUCCUCAUUGGCUCCUCCCCCAGAAAGAAGGAAGGAAUUCAUUUUAUUGGUGGAUUUGAGGGAGGGGAGGAACCGGACAUGCCCUGUUCUGCUCCAUUUUCAUCUUGAGAGUGCUGGUUCCCGAGGGUGUGUGGAGGGAGGCUUGCUCCUCCAGGGUUUGCCAGGAAAUCUGUGAUCUCCCAGGCCAAGAAGAACAAACUGAGGACUAUCUCUGAAAGCCAUUGAAUUCCUUAGUUAAAUCCAGAGGGAAAGUCUGAGAUCAAUAUGGCUGUUGUGUCUGUGAUAGUUGAAGAUAAAUUAUUGGAAAGAGACAGGUACUAACUACUUCCUUUUGCAUUUGACUCUUGGUCCUUUUUUUUGUGAGCUUUUUGUUCCUGCAAAGCUGGCUUGGGUCAACGUAGUAAGUAAAAAAAAAAAAAAAAAACCCUCAAUGAAAGAAGCUGGGAAUCUCCAAUCUCCAUCCCAAAACAUGUCGCUGAUGACUUGAACAUAUCACCAGAUACUCAAGAUACAGACGGCAGCUUCCACCUAUGGGAGAAUGACCCUCUGAAGAGAAACUUGGAAUCAUCAUCAGAGCCAUUGGAGGGGACAUCUGAGAGUCAUGUGGGUGAAAUUUUACAAGACCCUGUCAUGCCUCCAGUCCAGGGUAGAAAGUUAGAUCCACUUCCGAAAACGCAUAGACGUCUUAAGAAGGCUGUAAGGACAAAGAGAAUGAGGAAGAGCAGGAGGAAGGAGAAGGUGGAGACCCACCAUGCCCCCAUCCUUCCAACACCUUUUGUGCCACCACAAAGUGAAGAAGAUGAGGUGGGAGACACAAAGCCGGCUGUAUUCAGUGCUCAGGAAGAUGAUCCUGAUCUUCCCAGUGAGGACAGGUUACAGAGUCAGCAGGAUAAGGGCGCAUGUGCGAUGCAUCAGGAGUGUCAGAUACAGCCCUGUGAGCUCUCAGUGUCCCAGGAGCCGGGGCCGUCUUCUCCGGCAGUGACAUCCUUGGCAUCACCACCACGCUGCUUCGGUCGCUUCCUAAGCUGCGUCUGCCAGACCUUCUCGAGGUCUAGGAAGCAGAAGGCCCCCAGAAGAGAGGACACCAAGCAGCCUGGGGCAGGAGGUGAUGCUAAGGCUCUAAGACCUGCCCUGCUCAGGGGUCUGGGCAGAAACAGAGUGCAACCUCAUGAAAGCCUGUAGAAGUUGAUGCCGAUAUGGCUUCUCCCUGCGUUUCAUUUUGUAAUUUUCCCCGUGUUGUUGUUCCUGUUGGUCGAUUCUUGUUUAUCAAAGAUAAACGUUUUUGCUCUGCUUUUUUGCUGAGAUCCUUAAGCCUGAGGAAGUGGUAAAAGCAAAGUAACUUUGAAGAUUUUAACACUUUACCCAGUAGUGGGACUGCUUCCUACUUCCUCCCAUUAGGCUGACGUGGAAUUCACUACAGAGCAGCGGUUCCCAAAAUUCAUGCGGGUGUCGCUCAUGUCUUCAGUUAGCUUAAUUCUCACUGCCUUCUCUGAGGAUGGAAGCCAUACCAUCUCAUCAUUUUGAGUAAUGUCUCCAGAAAUCAACCACCAAGUGGAGACUCCUCAUGUCCAGCUCCUCUCAUUGUCUUUUACCUUUGGCUAAGAGAUUCAUGUUGCAUUCCUCAUCCUCAGUACUUUGUUGAAAUUCUGACACUCCCUACCUGAUUUAGAAAUGUCUCAGGGAGUGGUCGUUGCUCUUUUGCUCGCAUUAGGUAGCGCUACCACCUCCUGCAUCUCUAACCAUCCUCUGGUUUUCUUUUUGUCACUUGUUAGUAAGAUAUCUGGCCCUUACUUCUCAAGUGUUCUGUAUUAAGAACCUCGUCACAUAAGGUGAUGGGCUCCUUUCCUUGUUAUUCUUUAGCCAGAUUCACAGAAUCCCGACUUCUGAGAACCCUAAAGAAAAUAAGUACUUAGAAAACAGUUCAAGAUUAUUUCAUUUCCUGUUGUUGUCCCAGCACACUGGGCUACUCCUCUUCCCAGGACAUAAACUAAGAGUUUAAAUUAAUUUUACACCCUCCUUUGAGAGAGUAGGUUUAAGGUGAAUUUGAAAGUUUUCCUGUAGCUUUAAUGACCUGUUGUUAUUUCCUACAUGUCCCGGUUUUUCCGAUUCAUAUAAGAAUAAUCAAUAAAAGUACAAAUAGAAAUACAUGUGUAAAGUAUCUGCAUUGGAAGGAAAUCGUACAAUUUCUUCCUCCUUUAGGACUGACCCCAAUGGUUACUGCACUAGAAUUGGAGAAGAUAACCGAUGUGUUUGUUUUGUUCUUUCUUGCCUGGAAUCGGGCCUGGUGCUGUUGGAAGAAUGAAGUUGGGAAGGGAAUAGAAUGAGGUGCAGGAGCAGUGGCGAAAGAUCCCAAAGGCUGCCUUGCGAGUAAUUGGUAAAAACCAGCCUGGAGGGAGUCUUGCGAUGUGAUGAGGAUCUCAAGUUAGAAUGAGAAAU